CUGACAAAACGAAACUUUAGUAGAUACGGAAACGAGGGGACAGCAGGUCUUGGACGUGUCUUUGACGGCUGCGUAGUGGGACCAGCAGAGAUGAUUUGCAGGCUUUCUCCUUUUUGCAGCACAGAAGAGAAGUGAUCACUGAAGCCUGAAGAUGAAGUGCUCACGCUGUGGCCAUAACAUUGUAGAGAAAACAGCCAAAUUCUGCAGUGACUGUGGCCUAGAGCUGUCUGUUAAACCUACAAAUGCACAAGAUGCAGGAGAUCAGCCAAAGUCUUUGGUAGCAGAUGGGGAAGGUCCAAUUGAGAAGCCAGAUUCACAGAAAAACACCCCACUGGUGGACAACAAAGAAUCCAGUAAAUCACCCAAACGGCCAAAUGACGAGGUCAUCAACAACAACCCAAAGAAAAAGGGAUCUUGGAGAACAUGGGUUUCUGAUUGAAGGCAGCCUGACAACUAGCAAAAAAGAAGCUGUGUCUGAGUCAAUACCAUACAAAUAUCUUGUGUACAAGAAUAAGAAACUGGAAUAUGAGUAUGAAUACAUAUACAAAUUGGAUUCUUCACACCACACUACCAACAGAUGUUUGUUUGUGAAACCCAACCUUAUCAAUGAAGAUGGUGACUGGCAUCAGUAUGAUGACAUCAUCUGUGCUGAGCCCUCAAAAAAUAUGCUCAAACGCAUUUCCGCACUCUGGUCAGACCAGAGAACAAAACUGAUUCAAGGCAGAGAAAUCGCAGGAAACAUAAUGCUGGAGACCAUAUUUGACCUUCUGAGUAGCUGGAGUGCUACCAAUUUGAGAAGUUUCCUGCUCCAACUGAAUCAGUUCAUGCAGGUUUAUGGGGAACCUUUUGUGUAUGAAGAAAAAGAAAAGAAAUGGUCCUCCCUAAACUAUGGCAAAGAAGAUGUGAAAAUGAUGGUUAAAGGAUUCAUGCUGUCAUAUGUAAUUCCACAACUCCUUAAAGAUGGCAAUCGUAAGAGUCUCUACAUUGAGGACCCUUUAAGAGCAGCUGUGAUCACACUUCACGUAUGGACUCAACAUCACAUCAGUUUGGCGAAUUCUGAGCUCCAUCAGCUUUGUACUGCGCUGUGUUUACCCAAACUAGAGAAGGAUACCUUUCUUCAGUACUGGGCAGAAUUUUCUCAAGAUGUGUCUAUUCUCAGUUUGCCAGAAACAUUAGUGAGUCUGAUAAACACUGUGAAAAGAAUGGGAAUGACUCGAUGGAUUAUGGUACUGCCACUUCUCCACCUCAUUAAAGGCACUACAACGCCUUUUCAAGCACCAGCAUCUGGAAACAUGAAGUAUGGCCCAUCUUGGGCAGGUUUGCAAGGGCUUGAUAUAGGCACCACAGCAUACAUAAGCAACAUGAGCAGUCAAGACAAGAGAUCACUAAUAAAUGUGAUGAAAAGCUGCAGUCACUUAAUGGAGGUUGAUGCACUUUCACUUCGAUCUUGCUUGUACCUGAUGUCACUCAGUGAACUGACUGAGUGUAGCACUGAACUUAAAGCUGAGCUUUUGGACAUGCUUCAUGCUUUUUUUAUUAAGGCUCCUCAGGAAGUCACUGCCAGCAACAUGCAGGCAGUAUCUGACAUUCUCUCCCAUAUCCAAGGAAAUCUAAUUGAGGAAAAAUACAGUUAUUUUACAGAGACUUAUAGGAAAGAGUGCUUGGCAACAUCAGUGAAACUGUUAGAGAAGCUCUGCAAUGGGGUCAAACCAACAUCAUAUACCCAGAAUUACCCUGACAUUCCUGUGGCAUGCAUGAAUCUGGUUGCAUCCGUUUCAAACUUUGUGCAGUGUAACAAGCAACAGGAGACCCAAGAAAGAGAUGAAGAACAACGAUAUGUGAAAAGCAUGGUGAUGACUCAGGCAGUGAAGAUAAUGAGAGCAUGGAUUGCUCAGUCCUUUAAACAGAGUUUCCUUAACAAUAGUUGGUUCUCAAGACAAGAGAAGACAAAGGAAGAGAUUGAAAUGUGGAACAACAUAAUCUCCAUCCACUUUAAAGAUGAGGAUUGCACGACAGAGUGGAGGCAGAUAUUCACUAUGGAUUUUGAGGGGAAGUACAAGCGGGAAUCUUCCCUGGAUCAAAUUGAAUACUACUGCACCUAUAUGGAGGACCUUAGUUGUUCCCAUCCACAUGUUGCAGCUAGUAUUGAAAGGUGUGCUCUUGAGGCUGUUACAUCUUUGUGCCAGAGCAAGAAUGAGGGGAAACUCUUUGAGAGGCUGAAGAUUAACUGGAAAUUUGGGAAACUCAUCUCUGCUAUUAUCCAAAAAUCUUGGCCAAAGAACCAUCAAGGAGAAUAUCAUCAAGAUGAAGAAGUUGUCCUUCAGCACCUCCUGUCUUGGACUGCUGCCAAAAACAUUUUUCAACUCCACGGAGCAGAUGAAAAGCUGAUUGAGAAACUCUCUCAAGAUGCCAAGGACAGAAUUGCAAUAGCCAUAUCCUCAUUCACAUCCGUGAAGAAUCAACUGGUCCAUGGAAACAUUAAGAUCAGCCUGCUCAAGAUUAUUUUGGGAAGGCGAGAUGCCUUCUUAGAACUGCUGAAGAUUGACUGCCUCGCUGAGAAUGGGCAAUACAAGGAUCAUGACAAAAUGAAGAGGCUGUUGAAGUGCAGAGAAGAUGAAGUAAAAGCUGUAUAUCAUGAAAAGGAGCUUGUAGAUGUUCUCUUAACUAAGAGCCAUCAACUUGAGGAACACAUGACAGUUGAUGUUGCUGAACUGGAAAGAAACCAACAAGUCAACAUUAAGACAAUGCCUUUGAACCAUUUCAUGGAGGUUCAUCAAUUUGACCAGAUGCCCUCCGAAAUAACUGGUAUUGUCACCUUCUUCAAUCUGGACGAAGAAAUUAGAAACAUGGCAGAAGAUUUAUACACAUUCAGGGACAGUAUUGUCUUCAAAAUGUGUUGGGACAAACAAGCCAAGUUCCUGGCCAAUGAAGAAAUGGAAGACAAUCCUGAUGAGCAUCAGGUAGUGGACAUUAGGGCAACACUACAAAUGAUACAUGAUGACAUUUACCUAGAUUGCUACAACCAUUAUAAAGAUAUCUACACUCGCCUGAAGGAUGGCACUAUAAGGCUUGAAGAGGUUAACCAGUUUUUUAAAGCUUUCAAGGGCAAGUAUGAAGAUCUUGCAAAAGACUUAGACAUCAUGUGCAGAAUGAAUACAUCAAGGGACAAACAAUGGAUCAACAGCAGGGUUCAACAGAUCGAGCAGUACCACGAACUUCAUCUCGCUGUGACUUCAGCUCAAGUAAUCAUGAAAGUCAAAGAGACACUUGGUCUUCAAGGUGACUUCAGAGUUCUGGAGACACUCACAGAAGUUAACAAUAUAGACUUUCAGAAAGAGCCACUCAGCCGGAUUGACAAUGAGUUGAUGCAGGCAAAGACUGUUCUAGUGGACAUAACCGAGCCCCGCAGGCUGUGUCUGCACGAACUGGAACUAAGGGGACACUUUGUGAAAUGGGUGAAGGAUGCCCUUGAAGAUAUCAAUGAGUUAAAAGUGUUUGUUGACCUGGCUUCUAUCUCUGCGGGAGAGAAUGAUAUGGACGUGGAUCGUGUUGCGUGCUUCCAUGAUGCAGUUCUUGGCUACUCUUCAUUACUUUAUGAGCUCAAACCAGACUCUGGUUUUAAAGCCUUCAGAGAAGUGCUCAAGAAGCUCUGGAGGGCUUUGGAGAAUGACAGCAACCUACCCAAAAAAUUGCGGGACAGUGCACGUCAUUUGGACUGGUUGAAGACUGUGAAGGACAGUCAUGGAUCAGUGGAACUGUCAUCCCUCUCUUUAGCAUCAACCAUCAAUAACAAGGGUAUCUACUUGAUCAAUGCACAAAAUGUAAAAAAGUUGAGUCUUGACAGUGCCCUGAAGCUGCAGAUUCCAGAGGAGCAUGAUGACGGUCAGCAGAUGCGCUGCUAUUCCCUUGAGGACUUGAGGGAGCUGCAGAAUAAACUCAUGCUCAUGUCUGGGAAAGGGGAUCAAGGGCAAUGUGAAGUUGAUUAUUUUGCAGAGGUUUUUGCCAGCGUUCAAAGACUAACUGAGGCAUUCAUUGCUCUUUACACUGCUGGGAAUCCACUGUUUAGGCACUGGGAAGUGCAAAUCAACUGUUGUUCCAAAAGUCAGGCACCCAGCAUUAUGAUGGAUUUCAACUUGGACAGUGUUAUCAGUGUCAUUGUGGAGGGCAGCAUAGAAGAGAAGCUUCCUGAACUUUGCAAGAAAAUGGAGAAAUGUCUUGACUUCUGGAUGGAUUUUGUAGACAAACAGAGAUCCCAGCAUUACUAUCUUAACUACUACACAGCUGAACAGAUUGUCUACCUAUGCAACAAGCUGACUUUGCAAAAUGUUACCAAUGUAGAAGACCAGGUUCUCAUGAUGCUCUCUUUCAUCAAGCCAAACUGCACAUACUCAGAUUUGAGGGAAGUUUGGCAUGAACUUCAGUAUGAAAUCCUCAAAAAACCAGAAGAGCAAAAUGAGGACAUUGAGUUUCAGACCUUUGUUGUGGUGCAAAGCAGUGAGGGGGAAGACCCAGACUUCACCAGCCAAAUGGGUCCUCUGGCAAGUCUCGUAGAACAGGCAGAGGGUUUACCAAAAUUUGAUCACAUAUGGAAUGCUUAUAUGAAAGACAUGAGAAAUUUUCUCCCCCACAUUCUUGAUAUAAAAAAUCUUGGAAGACUUUUGGAUAUCCUGGCCAACAAACACAACGAGAGUCACGAAGAAGACAUUUCUGACGAUGACACAGGGAAUUUCAUAAAUAGACAUGUUCCCAGAGGUCUGGCUGUUGGAAACCCAAACCUCAUUGUUUGCCCACAUGAUGAGGUGUUGUCAUCUUGCAUUUCCAUUUACAUGAGCAGUGAAAAUGAGACACUUCCCACGUAUGAUGAAGUCCUUUUAUGCAACUCCACGACACCAUACGAACAGGUGGAGCUAUUUCUCAGACGCUGUCUCAGCACAGGCUACAGAGGACAGAAGAUAUACUGUUUACUGUAUGGAGAUCUCCUCCCUUAUGAUGUGAGCUCUAAAGCUGAGAACUUUUUUCAGCGAAUGAAAAUGCAGAGUAGAAAGGAUUAUAGACUUGUUAUCAUUUGCAGCUCAGAAAGAGAACAUACCUACCUUCCAUCAGCCUUCAGCCAGUACAGAUUGCACAUGGUUCCACAGGAACCUUUGGCAAGAAUCCAGAGUUACCUGCAAAAACACUAUGCCGUCCCAGCAGAUGAGUGCAGCGCCGCAGCUGCGUUUAAGGACAGACUCUGCGUUGGUGUCAUUUCAGCCACAAGAGCUGGUGUUGGAAAAUCACUUUACAUCAGAAGGCUGUAUGAAAAACUGAAGAGAUCAACCAAAAAAUCAUCAGUGAUGAAAUGCAUUCGCCUGAUUGAGCCAAAUGUUGAUGAGAAUGUCAUCCUUCAAUCACUGUUGGACGCCCCUAGAAGGAAAGAACUCACUGUGUUCCAUUUUGACGUCACAUCAUCGGUCCAGAAAGGCCUGCAUGAGUUCCUCUUCAAACUGUUGAUUUUGCGAUACUUGCUGGACUCAGAGGGAAAGAUGUGGAAGUGCAAUAACAAGCAACUGUAUCUUGUAGAGAUUUUGGAGUCCACUGUGAAGUCGGGCAGAAAUGUUUCACUUCAGACUCAAAAAAUCAAAAGCUCAUUCAUUGAUGUGUUCCCAAAUAUUUUCUGCCGGCCACCCAAAGAGGUAUUAAUGUUAGAGAUGAGGAAGCAAGAAGAUCCCACCAUUGUGAGCAAUGAUGACCCACUGAUGGAUGAUGAAGAAUUCAGGAGCGAGGCUUUUCAGAGACCAUACCAGUAUCUCACUCGGUUUCAUAACCACAUUAAUCUAGAUGUAUUCACUUAUAACAAUGUUGAGGGGACACAUGUGGAAUGUCUUCAGAUGCUUCUCAUGUUUUGUGGCAUAAUGGAUCCAUCCUGGGCUGAACUAAGAAAUUUUGCAUGGUUUCUCAACCUUCAGCUGAAAGACUGUGAGACGUCUGUUUUUUGUAAUGUCACUUUCACUGGGGACACACUAACCGGAUUCAAAACCUUUGUGGUAGAUUUCAUGAUUCUGAUGGCAAAGGAUUUUGCCUCUCCAUCACUCAGCAUUUCUGACCAGAGUCCUGGCAGGCAGAAAAUCGAUCUGGCUGGUGUCAGAGAUGAAGACCUGGCUCCUUUUCUUAUCAGGAAAAGAUGGGAAACAGAACCACAUCCAUACAUAUUCUUUAAUGAUGACCAUGUGUCCAUGACCUUUAUUGGUUUCCAUCUUCAGCUCAAUGAGCAGAACUUUGUUGAUGCCAUUGACCCAACCUCUAACAGGGUUAUUAAAAGAAAUGUCAUGACAAGGGCAUUGUAUGAAGGCCUAAAGCUGCAAAGAGUCCCCUUCAACAUUGACUUUGAUCGCCUUCCAAGAGCAGAGAAAAUAGAGCGAAUCUGUGGUGUUCUUGGUAUCCAGUGGCCUCUUGAUCCAGAUGAAACUUAUGAGCUUACAACUGACAACAUAUUGAAGAUGCUCGCAAUCCACAUGCGGUUCAGAUGUGGCAUCCCUGUCAUUAUCAUGGGAGAAACAGGGUGUGGUAAAACAAGGCUCAUCAAAUUCCUUUGUGAACUCCGGAGGAGUGGAGUGGCCACUGAGAAUAUGAAACUUGUCAAGGUCCAUGGAGGGACAACUUCAGAGAUGAUCUACACCAAAGUGAGAGAAGCAGAAGACAUUGCUUCGAUCAACAAACUUGACUAUGGGUUCGACUCCGUUCUGUUUUUUGAUGAGGCCAACACUACAGAGGCCAUCAGCAGUAUUAAGGAGGUCCUCUGUGAUAAGACUGUAAAGGGGGAAAGUUUGACAGCCAACACUGGGUUACAGAUUAUUGCUGCAUGCAAUCCUUACCGAAAACACACAGAUGAGAUGAUUCAAAGGUUGGAAUCUGCUGGCCUUGGGUACCGAGUUCGAGCAGAAGAGACGGACGAAAAACUUGGAUCUAUUCCUCUCCGCCAGUUGGUGUAUAGAGUUCAAGCACUGCCACCAAGCAUGAUUCCCCUGGUAUGGGACUUCGGGCAGUUAAAUGAUCACACGGAGAAAAUAUACAUCCAGCAGAUUGUACAAAGAGUUGCUGAAAAAAAAGCUAUUGAUGAAUGUCAUAUCAAGUGGAUCACUGAUGUACUUUCAUCUUCACAGAAGUACAUGCGUGCGAGAAAUGAUGAAUGCAGCUUUGUCAGCCUGAGAGAUGUUGAACGUUGCAUGCAAGCUUUUGUUUGGUUCUAUGACAACCAUGAAAUGUUUUUUGCGGAGCUUAAAAAGUUUGAGAAUGAUAGAAAUGUUGAGAAGGAUGAAAUGCGUCCAAAAUGGCCCGAGAGCCGAGACCCUGUUCUCUGGUCUCUAGUCAUGGCCAUUGGAGUGUGUUACCAUGCCUGUUUAGAAAAUAAGGAUAAAUACAGGCAGAAAAUCAGCAAAAGUCUUCCAGCAUUAUACAGUCCAUCAAAGGUGAUGCAGGAAAUCUCACUCAUGCAGGAUUUACUUUUGAGUGGUGUGCCAAUGGGGGAUACAAUUGCAAGAAAUAGUGCCCUGAAAGAGAACGUCUUCAUGAUGGUUCUCUGCAUUGAACUGAGAAUCCCUCUCUUCCUCGUGGGCAAACCUGGAAGUUCAAAAUCUCUGUCUAAAACUUUGGUGGCAGAUGCAAUGCAGGGUCAAGCUGCUCAUUCUGACCUGUACAAAAAGCUCAAACAGAUCCACUUGGUGUCCUUCCAGUGUAGCCCUCACUCAACACCAGAAGGCAUCAUUAAUACAUUUAAGCAAUGUGGACGUUUUCAGGAAGGUAAAAACCUGGAUGAGUAUAUCUCAGUUGUGGUUCUCGAUGAGAUCGGGCUUGCAGAGGACUCUCCAAAGAUGCCGCUGAAAACUCUUCAUCCAUUGCUGGAGGAGGGAUGCAUUGAUGAUGAGCCACUACCACACAAAAAGGUUGGAUUUAUUGGAAUCUCCAACUGGGCGCUGGACCCUGCAAAGAUGAACCGAGGCAUUUUUGUGUCCCGUGGGGACCCUGACGAGAGGGAACUUAUUGAAAGUGCUAAAGGAAUCUGCUCCUCUGAUGUAGUGGUUCUGGAGAAGGUCAGGGAUUUCUUCCAACCUUUUGCAAGAGCCUACUUGAACAUCUGCCGCAAACAAGGCAAAGGAUUUUUUGGCUUACGUGACUACUACAGCUUGAUAAAGAUGAUCUUUGCGGUCGCCAAGGCUUCUAAGCAAAAGCCCACACCAGAGGAAACCGUCAAAGCAGUGCUGAGAAAUUUCAGUGGCAAGGAUAAUGUAGAUCCAGUUACUGUCUUCACUAUGAGACUGGGGAUUGCACCAAACCUAGAGAACAUCAGUACCAUUGAGUUUGUGAGAGAAAACAUUGAAGCAGUUGGACAGGAAGAAGAAUGUCGAUACCUCCUGGUGCUAACUAAAAACUAUGCAGCCCUGCAGAUCCUGCAGCAGUCCUUCUUUUCAGAAAGUGGUCAACCAGAAAUUAUCUUUGGUUCCAGCUUUCCAAAAGACCAAGAGUAUACCCAGAUCUGUCGCAACAUCAACAGAGUAAAGAUAUGCAUGGAAACAGGACAAACGGUUGUGCUCUUAAACUUGCAGAACCUCUAUGAAAGUCUCUACGAUGCCCUCAACCAAUACUAUGUUUGCUUGGGAGGGCAGAAAUAUGUGGACCUUGGACUGGGAACCCAUCGUGUAAAAUGCAGGGUUCACAAAGACUUCCGGCUAAUCGUCAUUGAGGAAAGAGAAGUGGUCUACAAACAGUUCCCAAUACCUCUCAUUAACAGGCUGGAGAAGCACUACCUGGACAUCCAGACUGUUCUGAAAACCGAGCAGAAGAGGAUGGUGGAGGAACUGGAGAAGUGGGUCCAGCUUUUUGUAACUCUCAUCAGCCAACAUGCAGCGGCAGCUCAGACAUACAAAUACAAACCCCCAGACGUAUUCAUUGGGUACCACUCAGACACAUGUGCUUCUGUAGUUCUCCAAGUAAUAGAGAACCAGAAGGACAGUUUAGAAAUCUCAGAUUCUGAGAGGAGAAUGCUCGACGAGGCUAAACUCAUACUGCUGAAAUGUGCUACACCAGACUCUGUGGUAAGGUUGGACAGUACAGCCCUUCCUAAAGUGGAAAGUGAAUAUCUGGCCAGGAUGUACUUUGAAGAGCAGAGUAACAGCUGUUUGGCUGACUACAUACUUGCUCACAUAAGACAGGAGGCCCAUUCUUGCUCCUUCUUCACAGAGGUGACAACAUUCUCCAGACUUUUGACUGCUUUUGACCUCGAACCAUUGGAGAGGAUGUUGCACAGUGUUGAGCUUCUCUCACUCCAGCAGUUUGACACAGAGCACUCCUUCUUGAAGAAGAUAAGGAACUUCCUCACAGCUGAGAAUAAAAGCAGCAGCAACAGGGUCCUCAUCGUCCAGAGUGAUUUUGAUGAAGCCAGUCUCAGCACCAACCUCAUUGCAUCUGCAAAGUAUUCAUCGAUUAAUGAGAUCAAUAAGAUAACCCAGGAGAACACAAGUAGAAAGGUAUUUGUGUACUUCAUCACCAGACUGCCAAGAAUGGAAGGAGGGACUUCUUACAUUGGCUUUCAUGGCGGCCCCUGGAGAUCAGUUCAUAUUGAUGACCUCAGACGCUCUAAAGACAUUGUUUCCGACAUCAAAACUUUGCAAAACAUGACAAUCAGUCAAAUGUUUGAAACAAAGGCACCUCAGGCUGAAGCCAUGGAGACUGAUGACAUGUACUCUGAGAGUGAACAGGAGGAAACUGUGCAGGAGGAAAAUACUUGGGAAAGUGUUGUGGACACUACAGCAUUGCUGAGGAGCUGUGUGCAGAGUGCAGUAGCCAUGCUGAGGGACCAGGUGGAAAGUGGCCUCCGCAGUACUCGGAGAGUGGAGAUCCUUCUGGCACUCCUGAGUGACAAUGACGAAAUAACAGGUGAAUUCCUACAAGUGGUGAAGCGGCAUCUUCACUCAUUGUUGGUGACUCACGACGGCAACACUUUCUCAUCCAUCAAGAGCAACUGGGUCUUCAAGGAGGCCUCAAACAUCGAUGCCUUGCAAGAAGGAGGCACCUUUAGACACACCUUAUGGAAGCGUGUUCAGGCUGUGGUCGUCCCCCUCUUGGCGCAUCUAGUUUCGCUCAUAGACCGUGACCAAAACAUGGACCUCCUGCUUGAUACCCGCUGUGGUGAAUCUGUUAAGAAGCUGUGGUUAGAUAUCUUUGGCAAUGAAAAGCUGCUGGAAAUCUCACAUCUAACACUAGACCACACUUCUGAGACGAGAACCAUCCUUGUACAGCACUACAUUGCCCAAGAUAAGAACAUGAGCUGCAGCAUGCCAUUCAGCUGGAGAAUUAAGGACUACCUGGAAGAGCUCUGGGUUCAUGCACUUCAACAUGAAGGGCAAACUCAGAAAGAGUUUGUUAAGUUCUUUUGGAAGACACCGCUCGGCCGCUACAUAGCGAAAGCAGACCCAGAGAUGCAGGUUGAGUUUUUCCAGCGCUACCUUCAGGAUUUCAUCUCCAUGACAAUGAAUGUCACUUCUCCGGAAGAUCUUCAGCUCCUGUGUGGUGCUUUGAAUUCUUGUGUUAACGAACUGCGGUUGCAGCUCAGUGACACUGAAGCGGUGACGUCUCUUCCGUGGGUCCAUGCUGCAUAUCAUGAGUUCAAAAACCGGCUCCAGAACCUCUGCAGAGUGAUGUGCAUUGUACCUCAGUUGACCCAAAACCUCCUGAUGAAUCCUAAUGCCAGAGACGGGUUUGAACUGGUACUCGAUGUGUAUGCUGGGUUUGCGUGUGUGGAGUACCUGGAGCCCAUAGACUUGAACACAGAUGCCCGAAGACAAGCCUGGCUCAGGCAGGUGAAAAAAAUCCAGGUUGCUAUUGAGUUAAUCUGCUCAGAGGACAGCGUGAGACGUUACGGAGAGAGAAGCAAGAUAAUCGCCAAGAGAGUCCAAGCUGGAUGGAAUCGGAUAUUUUCUCUGUCUCUGUUUGUGGAGCACAUGUUGUUGGGAAUAGAGGAGCUGGAGAAGAAACUGUCUCCUUUAGUUUUGGAGAACACUGGGCGGCUUGGCCAGAUACUGGAAAAAAACUCAGACCUCAAAACUCAGGAGACGUUCGAGGCAGUAAUUCGUUUGCUCAAAAUCUGCAAAGAUGGAGCCAUCGAACGCAUCUUCAGGUUUGGUCUUACACAGUGCCCAGUGUGUAUGGGAGACCCCCAGGACCCUCUCUGCCUGCCAUGUGAACACAUCUACUGUGUAGCCUGUAUCAAAAUGUGGUUGGUGCCUGGACAGAUGUACUGUCCUCUCUGCAUGCAGCCAGUUAACGAUGACUUCCCCUUGGUUCCCUCAGAUGAUAUAAGGAUUCCCAUCAAACAACACACCCAGUUCAGGAACAAGUGCAAUGCUUUCUUCAUAGACCUGGUGUCGACUGUGUGUUUCAAGGAUAAUUCUCCACCCUGCUCAGCUGUCAUUCUUCAUUUGCUGUCAUUUCUCAUGGUGGAGCCCAGCGCUGUCCCAAUACUGAGAGGCAAUAAGCAGAUUUUGACAAAGGCACUUUCUCCAUUUGACGACUCUGUGGAUAAAAAUCCAGUGGUGCGGUCAGUAGUGCUCAAACUUCUUCUGAAGUACAGCUUUGAUGAUGUUAAAAAGUACCUGCAGCAGCAUCUGACAGCAGUUGAGCAGAGCAACAUCUUGGAGGAGAUGGAUAAAACUGAGCUCUACACCUUGUACAUUAACUGCUUGGAGGAUUCCAUGUUUGAAAGGAUGCAGUUCAGGUCCACUGCAGACCAGCAGGCAUGUCUGCAGGAUGAAAGCGCCUUCUUGACUGAUUUCUUGCAGUCUCGUGAUCAGCUUUCUGAAACGGCCACUGUAGAGUACCUGCAGCAGGUGGCCAGAGUGCGUAUGGACCUGGAUAUGGCAGUGAGCAUGUUUGUGGAAAAACUGAGAGCUCCAGGAUCCCGAGAAGUUGGCCAGAAUGGAAGCACAGCUUUCCUGACCAGCGUCAUAGACUUGUGUAGGCGGAGUGGAAAUGACUGGUAUCGGGUCUAUUUGAUCCGUAAGAUGUGCAGUCAGUUUGGAGUAGAGUUUGUCAAGAAGCUCCUCAAAUCGGAUCAAAUGUGUUGGAUCUUUCCUAAGGAAAUUCAGCAAAAGGAUGAAGAAGUCACACCAAUAGAUCAGUAUCUCGUGUGUGGGGAAGAUUACAAGACCAUCAGAAAUGCUGUUGCAAAAGUAGUUAUGGAAGCCAAACUGGAUGGACUGGAUGAGGCUUGCGAGCGGUGCAAAUGCCCACCACAGUGGAAAACAGUUUAUCUUCUCUUGGCACUGUAUCGAGAAGUCACCACUCUCUACAGAGAAACCAAUGCGAGCUUCCAUCCCAAGCCUGAACAAGUCGAGGCCCUGAUGAGCUACAUCCAGAAAUCAAAAUUCCUUCCCAGCCCGCAGGUGAAGGCCUUUGCCCUGUCUCUGGUAACCAACCAGAUCGGGCCCUUGGCUCUUCGCUGCGGGGUCUCUGGUGCCCAGUGUGUGUCGGUGGACUUGGCUGUUCACUUAGCUGCUGUCUUGCUCUGUGGAAACCAAGGAAUCUUGGCUCCACUGAAGCAGCUAGCUAUGACACCUGCAAACAUGCAGGCGGCUUUCUUGCCCACCAUGCCGGAAGACAUGUUAGCAGUGGCUCAACAAGCUAUGGGUCACUUGCAGUGGUAUCACUGUCCAAAUGGUCACCCCUGUACCAUUGGUGAGUGUGGCCAGCCCAUGCAAACAAGUCAUUGUGUAGACUGUGGUGCAGUGAUUGGAGGGAAUAACCACGCACCUGUGCAAGGAUUUCGUAUUGUGCAAGUCCAGGGUGACCGCACUCAAACAGGCCACGUCCUCGGCGACCCCGGACGUAGAGACAAUCCAGACAUGCUGGACACCAAGAGCAUUUCUCCCGUUCCCUUCACCAUCAUUCGCAUGCUCACUCACAUGGCCAUGCUGCUUGGUUCCUGCAGCCAACCACAGUCUAUUUCUGCCAUUAUCAAACCUCAAGUCCAAGAUGCAGGAGAGUUUCUACUCGCUCAUCUGAGAAAGGACAUGAAACACCUCAUCAGAAGUCUGGGUAAGGGGACAGACGACACAAUCAGCACUGUUCACCUGGUCAUCAACAGCCUCCUGGAGACACACCAGCAGCAAAGAUGGCCUGUUCAGUAUGACAAUCUUCUCUCAACCAAAGAAGCACGAAAUGGCUGGGAAAUUGAAAUGAGCACUGCCAUUAUCACACCACAUCUGAAGCACUUGGAUAGACAGCUAAAGGAAGUGAACACAUUUAUCCGGGCUGACUCUCGUAUCUCUGCCAGUCCAAUCAUGAAGCUAAUUUUUGGAGAUCCUCAGCUCUUCUUGGCUUCACUUCCUCCAAAAUCUCUGAUCCAUGUUUCUGCCGUGUGGAGCUGCCGGGAGAAAGUGUCUCUGUUGAGCCUCACCCACAUUGUGGAGCAAAAUGAUGGCAAAGACACCUUGCCGGUCCUCUGGAGAUUCCUCCAUAGGGAAGCAGAAAUCCGACUGGUGAAGCACCUUCCUGAAAUCCUGGCACUCCAGAGGGAUCUAGUGAAGAAGUUUCUGAACAUCGCUGAGCUAACGGAAGGCAGCAUCGCUGAAUUUCUCGGCAAUCAGAAAGCAGUUUCACUCAAAACCUGGUACGAAAAACACAUCAGAAUCUUCCUGGCAACCUGGAAUCAGCUCAGAGUAUCGCUGGCAACCAAUGGUGAGAUUAAGAUCCCGGCUGAGUUCUGCCAGAAUGACCUGGACCUCAACAGUGACUUCAGGGUGCUGUUGCCACGGCGACACGGCCCAGGCCUGUGCUCUACAGCUCUCGUCAGCUACCUAAUUGCACUGCACAAUGACAUUAUAUACUGUGUGGACAAGCACACUGGAGAGGAGACCAGCUACAAAGUAAGCCCUGCAGAUCUAACUGACCUGCAUGUGAUUCGUUACGAGCUGGAGAGGGAUGUGAUGCCGCUGGUUCUGUCCAACACCCAGUACAGCAUCGAGCGGGGCCAGGAGACCCUUCACGAGUAUGACUUGCCUAAGAUCGAGCAGCAGAUCAUCUCACGCUUCCUGCUGGGCAAGCCUCUCAUCACUCUCAAUGGGCUUCCUACACUAGUGAAUAGACACGAUCGCAACUACGAGAUUAUCCUCAAGGUCAUAAAAGAAAAAGUCAAACAAGAGCCUCUUCAGACUCUCACUCUCUUUGCUGUGGCUGGAGAGCUCCACUCCUACAGUGAGGUGUGUGAUGCUUUGUCAAUGCUGGAAGUGGCCCUUGGUUUCCUUGCAAUGACUGGGGGAGAGCCUCAUAUGCAGCUGUCCUCCUACCUGGAGGAGGUGCUGCAGAUGGGAAACCAGAUGGCUCAGCACAUCCUCAAGGCCUUUGGCAUGUGUUGCCUUAAACACUGUGUGGCACUGUGGCAGCUGCUGGCCUCACUUAAAUCAGAAAACAUGCUGCGCCUCAAGAGGGAUCCGUUUGUAGGAGUUUCAGAGAAGUACAAACAGGCCCUGGGUGAGGACGAGCACAGGCUGCUCAUUGGUUUCUUCUCUAAAAACAGCGCUGACACUUUCCUCCUGGAGAUGCAUGAGUUCCUGGUGCUGUUCCUCAAAAAGCCAAAUGCAACUGAUACCUUCAGGCCUGACUGGGGCUUGAAAGACACGCUGGUGUCUUACAUGGAGCGCAAAGACAUGGACAUUCCCGCCGAUGUGGAAGAGCUCUUCCCAGAAGAGAUCCUCCUGGCCCAUUACGUCGAAGCAUGGAAGUUUAUCGUAGCCUUCAAGCAGGAGCGCGGACAGAGACAAUGAGAACAAGAUUUAAGCUUUAUUCCUUUUUUUCAUUCUGUAUGCGAUGUCAUGAAAAUCCCUCGGAUCAUGUUUACAUCUUGAAAUGACAGUAUUCAUUUGUCAUGUAAUUACACGUAUACAGAGAAGACGUGCCUUUGACAGAGCACUAGCUUCAUAGAAUAAGACACAUUUUACAGCUUGUCUAUAUGAUAAUGUGAGCUUUUUUUUCCCUUAAUGAUCUCUUCUUGGAUUGUAUCACUUUCUAUUUUCUUUGAUGUUAUCUCUGCAGCUGCAGUUUAAGUCUGCUUACUUGCACUUUACAUUUAAUGUGAAUUUUUAAAAAGUAAGUUAAUUUACUCAGGUGAAAAAAGGUGGAUUAAAUUGAGGAAGGUAAAAUCAGACUUAUCUAAAUCACUUUUUCAGGAACAAGCUGACUUUUUUACUGAAGUCAUCAGUCACAUUUUGUCAUUUAAUUUUCUGGGUUUCUUUUGUAACCUUUGCUUCAUAUACAGAACAUCUACUUGCCCUUUCACUUUAAGCUUGUCAUCGUGCUGUCCACUUUUUCCAUUCAUUUUCUUUGAGUUGUUAUUACUAAUUAGUACAUUUACUGAGUUCAAUUCACUUUUUCUAUUGUUUCCAUUCUCCUCUUAGUAAUUUUUGUAUGUGGGAUCUGUAAUAUAAACAGCUUCCAGCAAACCUUUAAUGAUGCCUAUAUUUGAUUUUUGUUUCUUUUGUUUACACAGAGGUUGUAGGCCAAAAACAUACAUGUGUCAAAUACAACCUCCUUUUCAACA